AUGUCAGGUUUGUGCCUACUUGUGGCGCUAACACUGUCAAACAUAGGCAGUGCCAAGUCUCAGAACUAUCAUGAAGUUUUACGGAUGCCGCUUUCAUCCUUCAUGGGACCAGACAGAUUCCAGUAUGGCUGCCUCUCUGUACCACUGAAAUCUGAUGAAUAUAUAGUGGAUUUCCAGCCUCAUUCACCACCCGGUGGAGUCCAUCACAUGGCCCUCUACUCGUGUGAAGAACCGUAUGAACGACAGUCUGUCUGGGAGUGUAUUGACCCAAAACAUAUUUGUAAGGAUAACGCUAAGAAAAGUGCCCUGUUUGCCUGGAAUUUAGGCGCCCCAGGUUGGACUUUACCAGCCUACACUGGAAUCAACACCGGAAAGUCUUCGAAAUAUCUCAUUUUUCAGAUUCAUGGACGGACAGAUCUCAAAGAAUAUCACAUGGAUAAAUAUGCUAGUGUUACCCUGGAAUUCACGGCAGAAAGACCACCGCUUGACACGGUGCUGAAAGUGUACGGAAUAGGAGGAUACAUUCCGGCUAACACUCUAGGUUUUACAACAGACGUAGCAUGCCCAUGGCAUAUAAACAUCAGUGCCCCGAUUAUUGGAUACGCCUUACAUACACACGACUACGGAGUAGCCACAUCUGCCUACCUAAUCAGGAAUGGUACAUGGAUAGAAAUAGGACGAGUUGAUCCACGAUACGCAAUGCUAACCUAUGAUAUUGCUGACAGGGAACUCCACGUGCAUCCGGGAGAUAUUGUGGCCACCCGAUGUACGUACAACAACCAUAGAACUACAGAUGUCCAAAUGGGAUUUAGGCAUUCAGACGAGAUGUGUAACCUCCUCCUGCACUACGCCGUUCCCCAUAGCUAUGCAGACCAAACGAAAAUGACGCAGUGUUCCAAAAAUGCCCAAGAGUUCCACUGGGAAGACGUAUUUGACAACAUCCCGCCUCUGGCCAGCGACGUUUCAGGGGAUACUGAUCAAAAUCGAUACUUGAAAACCCAUCAUUUAGCAAAGAAAGUUUGAAAGCACGACAGACGCAUUAUCUUGUCUUA